CAGUCAGUUUGCGUUCGUCACCUGCGCACGUCGCACGCGCAUUCCAUUGGCGGAUUCGAAAUUUAAACGAUUUAAACGAGCCAAUUGCGUUCGAUUUCUUAUUCGCGACUUUUACAUUACAUGUACAGAGUGUACCGUUAGUGUUGUGAAUGUGACAUUGAAAACUGUUUAUGACAGUUGAUUUGUGCUUUUUUAAUCUGGACAUUGGAUGUAUUUUUUAUUGUUCUGGUAAAUAAAUAGCGCACAAGAGAAGCAGGGCAGGCGUGCGGAUCGCUGACCCACUCUUACCUGCCACCGGAACCAUUAUGCCUUAUACAUCGGCCACGAUCUAACCGAUACACCUGACUCGAAUAACUACCGGAAGAACCGUUACUUAAUUAUGCCAAUUUAUUAAUCAACAUGAUGGAGGAGGUGACCACUCGCCCCAAUGUCGAGUACAUCCCCCCUCUGCAGCAUACAGCCAAGCAGAGGACUGGAUCGACUACUUUUACGCAGAUAACUAGCGAUGAUGCUAGCCUCCGAGUGAAUGGAUUCGAUAGCCGGUCCAACAUGGACUCUCUAAGUUCGAUGCACUCUCUUGUCCUUAAUUCUAAGACACCGACCACAACGGUAUUUGUAGCGGCGACCCAGCCAGAGCGAUCUGUGAACACGCCCAACGCAGACGCGACGAACGGUCCACACGUGGUGACUAUCAGAAUAAACACUGACGCCGACAAGCCGAAGGCACCGAAAAUAUCGAGCGUUCACCUAAAAAGUGACGUCGACUUCGACACUUUCAAAUUGACUGAGUCAGCCAAGAAGAGCAGCUUAGUCAGAAUAAACGUCGACGAAACGGAUGGACGACCGAAAGUUUUAGACAAUGAGGAGCUAUCUAAUAAACCUCCGUACAUUUACUGUAACUCGUACGUGAAUACAAUAUCUAGUAUGGUAAUGUCGAGCGGCCAGUGCUCUCCGAGCGACACUUUGGACUCAGGGACGUGUAGCGACCUUGAUGGCACGCCGCCGCCUCUCCCAAAAAAGAAGACAUCAAAAUCCAGCUCUGCGAAGAAAGCCGUUUCCGUCACGGUAAUUAGCUCGACACGGAAUCAAAGCGAGGUCGAUUUCGAAGAUAACGACUCGAACAUAUCGUGCGACUCGCUAAAUAGUAGCGAGUUAAAUGGAAGCGUGCAUGCCGACGAAAGUCACAGCGACGAUGCGAGUAAAAAAGAAAAGAAACAGUCUUCCGAGGCGUUAGCCAAAGCGAACAAUAAAGACAGUAGCUUUCUACCUCAAGGUCUACUGCAAGACAUUAGAGAUCGCUCAGCGAAACUCAACACGGUCGAAACCGAGAGUGAGUUGCAGAUUGAGCGGAAUGGGGAAGCGAGCCCGACUAUCAAUGUAAAUGCUAAUUUAUCACAAGAAAGCACACAGCUAACGUCAUUCCGUUUAGUUUCUCAGCUCAAUAAUGAAGUGAAGAAACUUGGUGGCGAAUCGAAAAGCGGUGCUGAGAGUCUGAAAAAUAGUGUCGAGUCUUUAUACAGUGGAUCCGUGUCUCUACCAGGUACUCUGAGUAAAACACCUCUAAUCAGUGAGAGUACAUACGAGGAACGUAAACAAAUGGACAAAAUGAAAGAACAACAGUUGUGUUACAGCAGCCACUAUUUCGAUACGGACAAAUUUUACGAUUUUCACCUGAAUGAAAAGGAAUUCGAUGAUGUGUCAGUGAAAAGUGUAAGUGAAAACAAAAGUGUGUGCAACGACCUCACGGAGAUGGAGUAUUUCGCGGGAAUAAAAGACUAUAAAAACGAAGAGUUGCCGUCUACGAUAAAAAGUUCAAAAGGGACAAUUCGCGGUGUAAAAAACCGCGUUCGCGCCGGCAUUGCGACAUUCCUGCAAAUACAAAGCACGACAAAGAGUUACAAAGAAAAAGACGCCGGCAAAGUGGUACUGUAUACCACGACAAUGGGAGUGGUGCGCAGUACGUACCAAAGGUGCCUUCUGGUCAAGAAGGUGCUGAGGAACCUGCUGGUGAAGUACGAGGAGCGUGACGUCUUCAUGAGCACCGAAUACCAGGAUGAGAUCAGGGAUAGGAUGAGGAGUGACCAGAUCCUGGUGCCGCAGCUGUUCAUUGACGGACAACACGUUGGGGACGCAGAAACAGUGGAGAAGCUUAAUGAAAGUGGUGAGCUGAGGAAAAUGCUGAAACCUUACAAGAGUGCUGACGCCUGCAACACUUGUCAAAUGUGCGGUGGCUUCCGUCUGCUCCCCUGUCGUAUAUGCAAAGGGUCCAAGAAGAGUUUACACCGAAACCAUUUUACAGCCGAAUUCGUCGCACUUAAAUGCAUGAACUGCGAUGAGGUCGGCCUUGUCAGAUGUGAAGCCUGCUCUUGAAAUUUAAUAGUGUUUUCAUUUACAAUUCAAGAAGACGAUUUAGAGCUCGUUACGUAAAGCCUGCUUUUGAAAUUCUACGGUUUUUACAAUUACAAUUCAAGAACAUUAUUUCGGCCUCCUUAGGUGUGAAACCUGCUCUUGAAAUUUAACGGAUUUUACUAUUUCAAUUCAAGGACAUUCUUUCGGCCUCGUUUGAUGUGAAGACUGCUCUUGAAAUUUUACGAUUUUUACAAUUACAAUUUAAGAAUAUGAUUACGGCGUCAGUAGGUGUGGGGCCUGCUCUUGAAAUUUAAUGGUUUUUACAAUUACAAUUCAAAAAUAUUUUCCUAAUAUCACUGCUAUUUACAGCGUGAUGUGAAAACAGCGUCAGGUUUUCAAAUAAACCGAAAAUCCAACAGAUAUCUUGUAAAAUAUUUAUAAGAUUAAUUCUCGUCGGUGCUUAAUAUUUCGAGAGUGUUUAAUAUUAAUUCACUUGUAAGAAGAUAAAAAUUAUUUUAUAUUUUUAAAUAUAUUUUCUCCCAAGUACAGUUGUAUUCUACUGGGAUCGAAGCUAAUGAGAUGCGAUACAAGAGGGAAAAAGGGUUCAUUAAUAUCCAAUCAGCUUAAUGGAAAAGGAGAAAUCUUACUUAACUAUAUUUUCAUUAUCCUGACCUUCUUUGAGUAUACUCAUACGUACCUAAAUGACAAACUUUUUGGUGCUGGAGAUGAAACUCUCUAAUGUUCUUCUUUAUUGUCUGUCGAGAGAUUUUAUUUACUUUAGAGUUAACGGCAAUAAAGAAUGUUUGCUAGAAGUAUUAUAUCGCCUAUAAUUACAAAGUUUCAUAGUUUUCAGAAGUGCUCAAUAAUACGGGGAUAAUGAAUAAGGCAUGGAACAAGAAACCAUAGUUAUAGUGUGUAAGCAUUGUUAUUAGUAGACUUGGAAUAUCUACAUAAUUUAUUAAGCUAUACGAAGUUAGAUAUUUGUUAACAAUCGAUCGCUAAAGAAACACCUUUAUUGGUAUAAUAAACAUAUUUCUAUAAGUAAACCUUUAGAAAAUUACUUUAAAUUACUGCAUUACUACAUUGGUACCUACAUUCCGAAACCAAUUAGAAUCCUAAGAAUUCUCUAUGUAAUAAAUAUCGGACUACUAAUAAAUUAUGUAUUUAAUCCAAAGUUUAUCAAUAAUAUUAUGUUAGUAAGCGUUUAAUAAAUAUACGUUUUGUGUAAUUGUAAUUUUUGUUAAGACUUAUCGAAAAUAGUAUGCCAUAAAUUAGAUGCAAUACAUUACGUUUAGUUACAAUAAGAAAUUAUUAUGUAAGUUUAAAUAUUGUAAGUAUUGCUUAUGGAUAUUAUAUUUUAAUAGUUUCCAUGCGCAAAUUGUUUUUUUUUAUUGAUAAUAUUCAUAUUAGGUAUAAUAUAGUUGCCUCAAGUUACGUGCUGUUAAAAACUUCUCAAUGUCAGUCGCAUAACUGAAGCAACCAUACUUCAGUGGUCGGGUAAAUAGAUAAAACUAUAUUCGGUGCUCUUUAAUAUAUUUUUGAGUAAAAUAAAAUAUAAAUCAGAAGGUAAUAUUUUUACAACAUAAUGAUAAAUGGGUAUAUUUAAAGCUAUUUUAAAUUUUAAAAUAGUAUUUUAAAAUCAUAAAUUUACAGUUUAAUUUACUUAUUAAUAAAAUAUUUUACCACUGUGUAAAAUUUUUUAAACGUAAAAUAAAAUGUGAUAAAAUUAUAAAUAUUUAAGCGAUUGCGUAAGUAUUGUGAAUAAAUUUUACAAGUUAAGUUUAAGUUGUGUAAAAUGAUGUUAAGGUCCAUUUUAAAAACAUCAGUCAAAAUCAAUUUUUUAAGAUAAAUUAAGUUUAAAAAAAUUACAAUGUUUGUGUUAUUUACAUUUUUAUGGAAAAAAUGAAUUGUAAUUUAGGGCAUUUUGUAAAUAACAUUUUCCAUUUAUUAGUAAUAACAAUAUCACAAAAACAUCAAGCAUUUUAUUUUUAUUAUCCUCAAAAUAAAAUGGCUGUAAAUGAUUGCACAAAAGA